CUCUCCGCCGCCGCCGCCGCCAUCAUGCCGAAGGUGGUGUCGCGCUCCGUGGUGUGCUCGGACACGCGCGACCGCGAGGAGUACGACGACGGCGAGAAGCCGCUGCACGUCUAUUACUGCCUGUGCGGGCAGAUGGUGCUGGUGCUGGACUGUCAGCUAGAGAAGCUGCCCAUGAGACCCCGAGACAGGGCCCGAGUGAUCGAUGCUGCCAAACAUGCGCACAAGUUCUGUAACACGGAGGAGGAGGAAAAUGUUUACCUCCGUCGGCCAGAGGGUAUUGAGCGUCAAUAUAGGAAAAAGUGUGGAAAGUGUGGUCUACUUCUCUUUUACCAACACCAGAAAAAGAAUGUCCCGGUGACAUUUAUUGUUGAUGGUGCUGUGGUCAAAUUUGGACAGGGAUUUGGGAAAACCAACAUCUACACUCAGAAGCAAGAGCCACCCAAGAAGGUGAUGAUGACCAAACGGACCAAGGACAUGGGCAAGUUCAGCUCUGUCACCGUCUCAACCAUUGAUGAAGAGGAGGAAGAGAUUGAAGCACGAGAAAUUGCUGAUUCAUACGCACAGAACGCCAAAGUGAUUGAGAAGCAGCUGGAGCGCAAGGGCAUGAGCAAAAGGCGGCUGCAGGAGCUGGCUGAGCUGGAAGCCAAGAAAGCCAAAAUGAAAGGAACUCUCAUUGACAACCAGUUCAAGUAAGAAACAGCAAGACAGAGGAGGGGUUGAGCGGUGUCCCUUCUGGAAAAGAAAAGGAAGAUAAGAGAACAGCGCUACAUCGCUUGCCUGUUUUGGGCCAUCUGUGGAAUCCAGACAUCUCUGUUCAAAGGCACAUUGGCGAUGUCCACUUGCUAAAUGGAGCUGCUUUGCUUCUGUUCAUGGACUUCAUAUUUAUUCUGUGACAUGCGCUGCGUGUUUCACAUCUUCUGAGACCUUUUGGAUUUACAUACCUAAGAAGUGCCUUGCCUUGAAUUUCUUGGUGAGCGAAGCAGCCAUCCAGAAGGGAUGUGUGCAGGGGCAUUUGGUUGGCUCUAUGGUGCCACUGUUAAACUUCGUAUAUGUUAAUAUGUACAUAGAACGCUGACACAUCUUAAGCUUGAUUGGGAAGUUAGAAAUAAAGUGUGCAGAAAAAUAAAUCUAUUCCAACUUA